UAUGUAUUCCUGUCUCUCUAUCCUGGGAUCUAUGCGGCUUCAACGGUAGCAAAGACGGACUGGUUGUACCUGUAAUAGCCAUAGAAAGGCCUAUACACUGCACACUGGAUCUUUUUUCUACAUGCGACUCCAAUCGGAAUAAAUAAUUGAGGAAUGUGGAAAUUACAGAAUGCCCAACAGCGCUGGAAAGAGAUUUAAACCCACCAAAUACAUCCCAGUGUCCACUGCUGCCACACUCCUUGUGGGAUCGACCACUUUAUUUUUCGUUUUCACGUGCCCCUGGUUGACAAAGGUAAUCUCUCCCGCUGUGCCUCUCUACAAUGGCCUGGUCUUCCUUUUCGUCUUGGCCAACUUCAGCAUGGCAACCUUCAUGGACCCUGGUGUUUACCCCAGAGCGGACGAGGACGAGGACAAGGACGAUGAUUUCCGAGCGCCGCUCUACAAGAACGUGGAGAUCAAGGGCAUUCAGGUCCGGAUGAAGUGGUGCGCCACCUGUCACUUCUACAGGCCGCCUCGCUGCUCGCACUGCAGCGUCUGUGACAACUGUGUGGAGGACUUCGACCACCACUGUCCCUGGGUGAACAACUGCAUUGGACGGAGGAACUACCGCUACUUCUUCCUCUUCUUGCUGUCGUUGAGCAUCCACAUGGUGGGAGUUUUCUCCUUUGGCCUCAUCUUUGUCCUCCACCACCGAGAGAGACUGGGAGCACUGCACACCACUGUCACUCUGGUGGUGAUGUGUAUAGCGGGGCUUUUCUUUAUUCCAGUCAUGGGACUCACAGGAUUCCAUAUGGUGCUCGUUGCUCGAGGGCGAACAACCAACGAACAGGUGACGGGCAAGUUUCGUGGAGGAGUAAAUCCCUUCACCAAGGGUUGCUGUGGCAACGUGGAGUAUGUCUUAUUUAGUCCCCUGGCACCUAGGUACAUGUUGGACCCCAGGAAAAAGCCCCACGUCAAAAUUCAGCCCCCAUUUAUCAGACCCGACCUGUCAGAAAGGCAAAUCACCAUCAAGGUUAGCGACAACGGUAUCCACAGCACCAUCAUCAGCUCCAAGUCCAAAAGCAGCCUGGACGGCCUGGACGACAAAGAAACCCAGCCGCCACUUCCGCCCAAAGCUGACAGGUACAACCAGCAGAAAAGCCAGCUGACGUCCAGCGAAGAGAGUUCUCUUUCUGGUAAGACCCACCCUUCCACUCCAGCCAUGUACAAAUUCAGGCCAUCCUUUGGCACCAUGCCUAAAGUCCACUACCACACUGCUGGAGAGAAGAUUGUCAUGCCAGAUGACCGGAAGACCUCGGCCAUCUUGGAAGAGGGCGUCCGUGGUCAUGACUACCGAUCUGAGCCAAACCUGGACCUGCCUGAGUACACCAACGCUCCCCUCCACCGCACCUUCCAGUCCUCUCCUCUCCAGCUGGACUCUGACCCCAUCACCUCCCGCUCUCUCAGCCUGAAGCAGGGUCAACGCCGGCCGGAGAAGGGCCAGCUCCCAGCCCUGCAGCCGAAGACAGUCACGUCCACCCCCUACAAGAGUGUCUUCUCGGCCAACACGCUCUCUAACCGUAACGGCAGCCUGUCUUAUGACAGCCUGCUCAACCCCAGCAUCUCCCCAGCCACUGCCAGUGAGUGCAUGGCCCAUCGUGGUAUGCCCUCCAUGGGGUUCCACUCGCCCUACCUGCCCACCAAAAUGUGCCACAUCCGGGAACCUGAAAUGCAGAGGCAGCAGGUCGCCCCCACCUACAGUCCAGUGAUGCCACCCAGGGGGGUGGGCAGGCAAUCCCCUCACUCAAGGGACAGGGACCCAUCCCCGGUGCGCUACGACAACCUCUCUCAGACCAUCAUGGCUUCCAUCCAGGAGCGAAAGGAGAUAGAGGAGAUGGAGAAGCGGCAGAUACUGCACGGGCGCACCCAGACCCAUAUCUAUGCCCAGGACUCGGGCGUGUUUGAUGGGGGCUAUGGUGUACCCACCAGUGCUUGCUACCCAGAUGGGCCUCGUGGACCCAGCUCCAGAGGCCCAACACCCCCAGCUUAUGGAGGCUCCAGGGACAACCUGAUUGGGGUCGGGCUGGUGAGCUAUGGGCAACGAACCCCUGUGUUGCGCCAUGCCGGCUCCACGCUGGCCCGCGCCCCUAGGACUUCAUCCACCUCCCUGCACACAGAUCACAGUAGCACCAACAGCAGCCAUAGCAGGGCCACUGGCCCCGAGGGCCCCUAUCGCUCCCCGUCCCACCAGCCCCACUCCCCUGCUAUGCCCCGAUCCCCCUCCUACUCCCACCAAAAACUCUCCUACAUCAGUGCCCAUGAGAGGACAGACUCACCUCGUCUGGGGGGCCCAAGAGAGGCCAUGAAAGUUAAUGGGCAGAUGGACUGCCACCCCAGUGCCCAGGGUACCACCCUCAGCCCCAGUCGCCACAGUAACGUCAAAAAGGUGACAGGUGUAGGAGGCACCACAUAUGAGAUAUCGGUGUGAGCAGGGACACCGCAUCCACCUCCAACGCCCACCCUGCUACAAAGAGAUCUGCUCUCCUCUCUGUUAUUUUUGUGAAGUCUAGAUAACGGCCAGUCAGGGGCACAUAGCAAAGGAUCUGUCUGCUCCUGUGUGGAUCUGUCUAGCCAAAUGCCCGUGUGUGUUUGUACCGGAGGGGUUGGUUGUCAGUUGAUACCGCUGCAGGCUUUAUGUGCGAGGAGUGUUUUGUCGUAAACAUUUUGUGGCUCAUCAUCUUAGUCGUAAGAGUGGACCGUCCAACAGAUUGUCAAUGUUAUUACUGUUGUCUCUCAGCUGUGGUCAUGAAGCGUACGUUGUUCCAAAUGUCACACGCAAACUUUGCUCCAGCGAGCACUGAAGGCUGAACAAAAACACUGCAGAUGAAUUAAACACUGACAUCUGACAUGGACCUCUGUGAGAAGACUAAUGUCCUUUCCGAGUCUAUUGACCUCAAGAAGUCAAGGUGCUUCACAUUAACAUGUACUGUUCAUGUCAUCUCCUGCAUAUAUUUGGUGGAGUUGUACAGCUUUGAGAAGUGAUGGAGGACAGAUCAGUUAGAUCAGCACCAACUGCAACUGCAGGCAACAGCAAGAUGAGAAGCUGGAAAAGGGGAUAUCAAGAGGGGAAAGUCAUCGUAUCAUGUCUGGUGGUUGCAUUCCAAAUUCAUCGAGAAAGGCUUGCUUUUAAUUAAAAGUAAAAUAAACUCAAAUUCCUUCUUUGUCAAAAAGAAAUUUCUCAGGAAUGAAUGCAACCAGCAGAGAUGCUAGUUGAUAUUAAUUCAUACUUUAUGAAUGUCUCCAGUAGAUUUUUAGGGCUUUAGCAUAGCUUAGCCCCCUUUAUUCCCCUCACAAAGGUGCAGUCAUCAUCAUAGGUUUCUGUUUGUUUUAGUGAAGUUCAGUUAGGUGAUUUCAACAUGACCCAUGACAUAAAUGCUGGGCAGAUAUAUAAGCGUUCUGAAAGAUCAGAAUACCUCAUCCCAACGGCCCUCACCGAGUUCAGAACGAGUCCAGCCUUGCACAACCAAAACAACUUAUGUUUUUAUGUUUUGUCUUAAAAAAAAAAAAUUUAAAAAAGGAGGAAAUUUUGUUUAGUAUGCAAGUUGUGUUUGUGUAAUUAUCUUAGAAAUGGAACGGUAUAGAGAAACAAGCCAUUGGCCCAUGUAGUAAAAUGAAGAUAACUGGUCACCCAUUCAUUAUUUUGUAGUUUUUUUAAUCCGUUUGGUUCCUUUUUAUAUACACAACCUUUCAAAAGCUAUGUUUGAUACAUCUUUUUAUACAGAUAAUUAAGCCUGGAAUGGAUGUUUUACUUUGCGUUUUUUGUUGAUAAAUUAUAAGUUCAGUAAAUAAAUAAGAUCAUGGUAAAAUCCAUAAAGUAAAUAUAGCUUGUUCUACCUUGCAGUGUAAAAAAAAUGUAUGAUGAAAUAUAAUUACAAGAUAUGUGAUUUGACAAAGUGAAAUAUUAAAGUCACAAUAUUUGACUAGUGAACAGUCACAUGAUCCACAUUGAAUUGCUAAUAUGUGCUGUAUACAAGUCAAGGCUUGGGCUUUCAAUAGAAGCUGUCUUGAGAUGUCAGUGCCGUAAGUGGCUACGCACCCCUUCAUUUCUCAGACAGUGAACAGGUGACAUCACGAAGACUGAAAAUGUCAAAUCAAUCAAUUUGCAGCAGCUGUCUGGUACAGCUCCAGUAUUAUCGACCACUCAGAGUUAAAAUUGUGCUUAAUUUGUUUCUGUUUAUCGAAAAAGGCUCAUAACAUGUAUUUCUUUUGACCAUAAAAGAUAAAAUAUUUAUAUUUUCCACCAACUGAAUUUGAAAAAAAAACAUGCUAGAAUUUACAUGGAUGUAAAGUAGUAGAUUUGAUCCAGCGACAUUUGCAUUAAGAAUAAACCAUUGUUGCCUUUUCAGAGGAAAAGCUAUGUUGCAUACACAAAGAAAUGCGGCUACUUGAAACACUAUUGUACAUUAAGGGACAAUGAAAUACCAUUAGUAUUUUGUAUUGAGCAGCAAAUGGCCGGAGUGACAAAACUCAGACUGGGUAAACUUUAAAAUAUUAAAGUUCUGCAAGAAAGGCUUUAUUACAAAGUAAUAAAUAGUCUUGCUUAAUUACAAAAUUACAUUUUUGCGGGAUUUUUCCCCCCUUCCCAUUUCUGACACAUUCACAGAUUCCUGUCUCCAGAGCUCAGAGUGUAAAGGCUGGUAGCUGUGGUGGUAGAGUCUUGCUUUCUGACAAGGUUGGAUGUUAUCAAAACUUGCUGUAGUUACAACCUUCUGGCUAGUAUGGUCUCCCUUUUAAAGUCUCACCCAGCUGCCUUAGCAUGAUACUCUAUUGAAGUUGUGUAUUUCUGAAAUGUUAAAAAUAGUUUGUGUUGUAAGGCUGUGGUAUACAGGGCUACUUUUUUGGCAAGUCUGAUGGGUAAGAGUGUCAGUGAACAGCUAACUGGAACAUUUUGAAAUACCUGAAUAGACCGUUAGCUGCUGACUUGCCUGAAAAUACUACAGUCUAUCAUGACUUCUAGACCCCCGUUUGACCACAUAUCAAAAUACUAUCGAUGUCAUUCUUCUCUAAGAUGACUGCCAUUAGUCCAUGUUCUUUUUUGGGAUGGACAUCACUGCGGGUCAGGGGACCAUUCCUGACAGUCAGCAAUGAAUCUGUUCCAUCAGCCACGAGCUGAUUUUGUUUUCUGGAACUCAAAUAGAAAGUUCAAUAUGUAUUAAGAUAUAGAAAUUACUAUAAAUGUACAUGCGUUCCUAUUUUUGUGAAGAGGAAAUAUUUCCCAGUGACCUGAGCAGAGUAAAUAAAGUUUUCAACUCUGA